ACAGAAGAGCAAAGAAUAAUAAUGAGUCAGCUAGACAGAAGACAGGAGUCAUCAGAUUUGUACCCUAGUUACUCGACCCAUCAACUGACUGUGGUUUUUGGGGAAGGCAGCAAGUUGCUGAAAUUUUGAUGUGAUGUGGCUGAAUUAUGCAUGAUCUGAGGACCCUGCACAGGUGACUGCAGGAUAUGUCCAGAAUAUUCAUAUCUAUAUCUAUAUAUCUACACACACACACUAAACAGUGCUGGAGCACUCAUUAGACAAUCACUGCCCCUUGUGUCCCGGAUGCGAUCUGGCAUGGAGCUCACCAGAAAAACAGGCCCGGCACCACCUCUGCGCACAACCCUGCGGGCCUGGCUCAGGCGGGAGUGCGAGGCCAGCGCCAUGAGCGCCCCAGGCAGCCCCGACCAGGCCUAUGACUUCCUGCUGAAGUUCCUGCUGGUGGGCGACAGCGACGUAGGCAAGAGUGAGAUCCUGGAGAGCCUGCAGGAUGGUGCAGCUGAGUCCCCAUACAGCCAUCUCGGGGGGAUCGACUACAAGACGACCACCAUCCUGCUGGACGGCCAGCGGGUGAAGCUGAAGCUCUGGGAUACGUCGGGGCAGGGAAGAUUUUGUACCAUAUUCCGCUCCUACUCUCGUGGUGCACAAGGAGUGAUCCUGGUCUACGACAUUGCAAACCGCUGGUCUUUUGAGGGUAUGGAUCGAUGGAUUAAGAAGAUCGAUGAGCAUGCCCCUGGUGUCCCUAAAAUCCUGGUGGGGAAUCGCCUACAUCUGGCAUUCAAGAGGCAGGUGCCCAGGGAGCAGGCCCAGGCCUACGCUGAGCGCCUGGGUGUGACCUUCUUUGAGGUCAGCCCUCUGUGCAAUUUCAACAUCAUAGAGUCUUUCACGGAGCUGGCCAGGAUAGUGCUGCUGCGGCACAGGAUGAAUUGGCUCGGGAGGCCGAGCAAGGUACUGAGCUUGCAAGACCUCUGCUGCCGCACCAUCGUGUCCUGCACACCUGUGCAUCUGGUGGACAAGCUCCCGCUCCCCAGUACCUUAAGAAGCCACCUCAAGUCCUUCUCCAUGGCUAAGGGCCUGAAUGCCAGGAUGAUGCGAGGCCUCUCCUACUCCCUCACCACCAGCUCCACUCACAAGAGCAGCCUCUGCAAAGUGGAGAUCGUCUGCCCACCCCAGAGCCCACCCAAAAACUGCACCAGAAACAGCUGCAAAAUUUCUUAAGGAAGGCACCAAAAGGAAACAAGCUGGAAUCGCUCCAGGAAAAACUCUGGUUACACCUGGAAGAUGGAAGUCGCAUUGUAGAUUCAAGAAAUUAGUUUUCAGUUUCUCACGGGAACCAUGCUGCUUGGGAAUGUGUGUGAUGCCUUCUGUCAAUAAAAACACAUUACACAGUU